AUGCGAUAAUUUGAGAACGGCACGACUGUAUGUGCAGAAAAAGCUGUCAACUACGCGGUUUUGAAUAUUUGUAAACAUGGCUCGUGAAAAUGCCAUAAUAGACAAUUUUUUAGAAGAUUUGGCUUAUUUAAGUGAUGAAGAGAACACUAAAUCAAGUGAUGAAGAAGAUAAAAGAGCUAGCAAAAAGAAUCGGAUGAGUAAAUUGCUACCGUUUUAUCAAACACGCAAUGAUAUCUUUGGCUACUUUUCUGAAGACAGAAUUAUGAAGACAUUCAGAUUGGACAAGGAUAGUAUCCAGUUUAUACUGGGUAAUUGGACUAAUGCAAAGAAUUCAUAGUAUGUGUUUAACUUGAGAAACAAUUUCCUUCAUUGAGAUUCAAUUUCACCAUCUGUCCAAUAUUCUCUUUUCUUUCGACUACUUGGAAUCACAUUUAUCUCUUUUCCAGCCGACUUUUUGGGACCCAUUUUAUAAAAUACGCAUGUAAUGUACUUUAACAGGGCUGUGUAAACAAUAACAAUUGUAGUUAGCGUGUUGUCAAUCGCUUUCGUCUGCUAUGCAUGCCCAUAGGCUUGAUUGUUUGAGAUUCUUACCAUUAGAUUUCUCGUAAGUUAAGUUCUCAAAGUCAAGGAAAGUCUAGAUCCUUACUUUGAAAGUAGACGUGGUUUUUAAGAUCAAUCUGACUCAGAAUCAAACUUUACUUUUUCGUUGAAAGUAAGGAAUUGAAAAUUCUACUUUGACUUUGAAAGUUGACUGUCGAAAGUAAAGGAUGGAAAAAUACACUAAGUAAAGUAAGAAAGUCAGAAUUCGACCCGGUAGUGUUAAUAGUCGUGCAGACCACCGGAACCCAAACUCAUCAAAAGAGCCUUUGGCCAAGUUACCUUCCGUUAAAAAAGUGGGCCCUGUUCCUAGGAGUAUGUUAACAGGUGACAGGACUUGUGACGUGACUGAAAAAACAUCCAAGGUGACAGUUGAAAGUGCCACAAUACAUGCAACUGCGAAUGUUGAAAUCACUGAAAAGACAGCUAAAGUCAUAGUUCAGAAUACAAUUAUCAGUGCAAUUACAAGUGUUGCAAGUCGUGCAGUCAACAGGAGCCCUAACACAUCACAAGAGCCUCCGCCUUCCGUUCGAAGUCCAAAAUCGGGCCCUCUUCCUAGAUGUAUGUUAACAGGUAACGGGACUUGUGACAUAACUGAAAAAACAUCCAAGGUGACCGUUGAAAAUUCUAUUAUCCGAGCAACUGCGAAAGUUGCAAUCCCUGAAAAAACAGCUAAAGUCAUAGUUCAAAAUCCUAUUAUCAGUGCCGCUGGAAGUGUUACGAGUCUUUCAGACCACUGGAGCCCUAAUACAUCACAAGAGCCUCCGCCCAAGUUACCUUCUGUUUGGGAAAAACAGCCUUCGCUGUCACUGCCCAUUCAAACUAAAAGUAAGUCUCCGUUUAAGAUAACGGUGAUUAAACAGGGAAACGUUGAAGGUGCCAAACAACAGCUUUUUGGGCCGUCGUGUAGACGGCUGUGUCAAUGCCGGUGUAGAUCAGUCGCUGGUAAAUGGUUUAUCCAAGGAAACUUCUAAAUCACUGGUUUCUGUGUUAUGUUUGUGUUUAUUUCACACUGUCUAAGCUCCAAUUUUUAAACGAAGCUACAAAGAAUUUAAAAAUACAAAUCUAUUGUCACUGAA